AUGUCGUCGACAAUAUCCUCCGCCGUGGCGGCGGCCACGACCGCAGCAAACAAGGUUCCGCCACAGGGCGGCGUGCUCGAAGGCAGCAGUCCCGUCCAGAUCGACCCAAAGAAUCCCAUCAUUCUCUUCAUUAUCCAGGUCAUAAUCAUCAUCUUCUUUUGCCGCGCUCUUCAAUGGCCUCUAAACAAGCUUCGACAGCCUCGCGUUAUAUCAGAAGUCAUUGGAGGCAUAUUGCUAGGUCCCACGGCCAUGGGCCGCAUCCCCGGAUUCAAGGACGCCAUAUUCCCAGAAGCAGCGAUGCCUCAAUUGAAUUUGGUUGCCAAUCUUGGUCUGGUGCUUUUCCUGUUCAUCAUAGGCCUCGAGGUGGACCUACGCUUCUUGGUUAGCAACUGGAAGGUGGCACUGAAUGUCGGCAUCAUCAGCAUGGCUAUUCCUUUUGGCCUGGGAUGUGCCAUAGCCGUGGGACUCUAUAACCAAUUUCGGCAUGAACAGGGUCUGGUGCCGAUAGAUUUCCCAGUCUACAUGCUCUUCAUCGGAGUGGCCAUGGCCAUCACCGCUUUCCCUGUACUCUGCCGUAUUUUGACUGAGUUGAAAUUGCUUGAUACACCGGUGGGCGUAAUUGUCCUGUCCGCGGGUGUCGGGAACGACGUUGUUGGAUGGAUCUUGCUUGCGCUCUGUGUCGCUCUUGUCAACUCCGGUGCCGGUCUUACGGCGCUAUAUAUCCUGCUAUGCUGUGUUGGAUUUAUCCUUCUCUUGGUCUAUAUUGUACGACCAGCAUUUGUCUGGGUCCUCCGCAAGAAUCGCGCGCUGCAAGAUGGGCCCAGUCAGGGUAUGAUUGCACUCACUCUGCUGCUCUGCCUGGCAUGCUCUUUCUUCACUGCUAUCAUCGGUGUCCACGCUAUUUUUGGUGCAUUUCUGGCUGGCCUGAUAUGUCCCCACGAAGGUGGUUUCGCCAUCAAGGUUGCUGAAAAGAUUGAGGAUCUGGUUGGGGCUCUGUUCUUGCCAUUGUAUUUCACGCUUUCCGGAUUGAACACCAACAUUGGUCUCUUGGAUAGCGGGAUCGUCUGGGCCUACGUUAUCGGGGUGGUGUGUGUCGCUUUCUUCUCCAAGUUCAUUGGUGCGACAAUAGCAGCUCGAUGGACUGGAAUGUUUUGGCGGGAAUGCUUCGCGAUCGGGUCGCUAAUGAGUUGUAAGGGCUUGGUUGAGUUGAUCGUCUUGAACAUCGGUCUUCAGGCUAAGAUUCUGAGCCCUCGUACCUUUACCAUCUUCGUUGUCAUGGCCCUAGUCACGACUUUCCUCUCGUCGCCGUUGACGAGUUACUUCUAUCCCGCAUGGUAUCAAAAGAAGGUUGAAGCCUUUAGACGAGGCGAAAUCGACUGGGAUACGGGCAAACCUCUCGACGGCACAGACAGCGUUGCCGAUGUUGCCUGUUACGACAAGGUUUCCUCACAGAAAAUCAAGCAUCUUACCGUCUACCUUCGCCUAGAUAGCAUGCCCAACCUCUUAGCAUUUGCGUCACUUUUUGGUGGACCAAACUCGCAGUCAAAAGCGAUAUCGCAUCCAAAGGCUGCGGAACGGUCGACUAGUAUGAGCAAGAAGUCCGGCGAGGCUCUUGACGAGAAACCAAGCAGGCCCGUGGAGGCAUAUGGACUACGUCUGUUGAACCUGACAGACCGUGGUUCUUCCGUCAUGGCCGUCACUGAGGCUCAAGAAUAUACUGCUUACGAUCCUGUGGUCAACAUUUUCCGAACAUUUGGCCGUUUGCACAAUCUAGCAGUCAGCGGCGAAGUUGUCGUCGUGCCCGAGUCCUCCUUUGCCGACACUUUAAGCACACGUGCCUCUGAGUCCGAUUUUCUUAUACUCCCGUGGAGUGAGACGGGAGGUAUGUCCGAGCAAGCCGUCAUUGAAGAUAAGGGGACGAAGAACAAGCUCGCAGCAUCCUCGUAUACCACUUUCGUCAACGAAACGUAUGAGCAAUCAUCGAUUCCAGUUGCUGUGCUCAUUAACAAGAACUUCGGUGGUAGCAAGAAUAAGGAUAAGAAAGAGCGUGGGAAGCUAAGCCGCACAUAUAGCGCCGUCAGCCUGCACAGCAGCCGCGAGAAGACGGUCACGGCGCCCAUCGCAGACCCAAGCCAUCACAUAUUCUUCGCCUUCUUUGGUGGAGAAGACGACCGCACGGCGCUCCGCCUCGUCCUGCAGUUGGCCGAAAAGCCUGAAGUUACGGCGACCAUCGUGCGCUUCGAUGUAGUACCAGAAGUUCUCGGUGAAGGACAUGCGUCCGCUUCGUUGGCUGCAAAGGGCGCCGAAGUCGUCACCACCACUGCGGCAUCCGCGCAAGAGCAAGACGCUACAUACUUCGCUUCGCUCAGCGCCUCUGUUCCCGCCGAAAUCUCCGCUCGCGUCAUCUUCGAGACAGUGUCUUCAAUGGAUCCGCUUAAGGACGUCGUUGCGCGGGCCCUUACCGAGGUCGGCCAAAACCCCAAGAACGCUGGAGAUCUGGUCAUUCUUGGAAGGAACAUUGGACGCAAUGGCGUUCUGUCUGAAGGCGGUGCAGACGAGAUCAAGCCCGCGAGCUCUUCCGGUGCGGCAGCUACGCUCGGUGUGCUCGCAGAGAAGGUCUGGGAUAGCAAAUCGGGGGCCAGCAUAUUAGUCGUCAAGGCAGGCCUCGCACCAGCAGGCUCGGGACUCCAGGCAUAUAAGUGA